CAGAAAAACAUGGAUACUGUCACUAAGAACAAACUUAUUGCAGCCAUAGCUAAAUAGGUGGCUACUGCGUGUAGGCCUGUUAACGUUGUGGAGGACGAGGGUCUAGCUGAUAUCAUACACAUCGCAUCCAACGACUGGACCUACGAAUUGCAUUCGAGAGCCACCAUUACAAGCCACGUUCAGAAGUUGCACAAAACUGAGAAGGCUAAGGUACAGCAGGCAUUGGAGAAGACAAAAGCAGUCGCGCUCACUGGUGAUUACUGGACGUCCCUCAGUAAUCACAACUACCUCGGGGUCACAGCCCAUUUCUUUGAUCGACAGUGGAAACUUGAGUCAUAUGCUUUGACUGUUAUGAAGACAGAAGAGAGGCACGCUGUUGCAGAGCACUUUAUGAAAGUAGCUGGAGAGUGGGACAUCGAACUGACAACGGAUAGUGCACGUAAUAUGAUUGCAGCAGCCAGGCAGCUCCCCUUUGAGCACAUGCCGUGCAUCGCACACAGUGUGCACCGAGCCGUCACGGUUUCUCUAACCAACAGCCCGUUUGACAGUGCAUUGGCAAAAUGCAGAAGAGUUGUGGGUCAUUUUAAGCAUAGCCCAGCAAACCAAGCGGAGCUCGAGCAGCAAGAAGUCACACAUCAUCAAAAGACAGAGUCACUCGCACAGGAAGUGUCAACUAGAUGGAAUAGUACCCUGGAAAUGAUCAAGCGUGUUCAUCGGAAUGCUGAACCUCUGAGAGAUGCACUGGCCCUGCACACAACCAACGCCGCCAUGCCAACAGCUGCUGAGCUGGAGCUGAAACUGAAGAAGCUCGAGGCUGUGCCGGAGCCUUGCAGGUAUGUGUCUGAACUUCUAGGAGGAGAGAAGUUUGUGUCGUGCUCAGUGGUGCUGCCAUCGUUGUGUCAUCUGUCGUGAGUGAUGGAGGUCACUGAGGACGACCCAGCUUACAUGAUCAAGUUCAAGGGAACCUUUACAGCAAACAUGGAGGGUCGUAAAGAGAAGACUAACAUCACAUGGCUGAGAGUUGCAACAGCACUUGACCCAAGGUUUAAGGACCUCAAGUGUCUGAACAAACCUGACAGGGCUGAGGUGUGGGGUAAGAUCCGCGCCCUGCUCCAGGACAUGGAGAGGGAGAGGCCUGCACAGCCGGAUAACCAAGUCACGCCUGAGCCUCCUACGAAGAAACCAACUCUCAUGCUUGUGUCACAGGUUCAGUUUUAGUUCUUCUUAUCUUUAUCCGGUACACUGUAUUAUUCACAGUUAGCUUAUCAAUAUCCUUUGGCUGUGAAGCACCCCUUCCCAACAUACAGACACGGAUGCAGAAGUAGAGAAAUUACAAUGAUCUUUAUUUAAUACAUUAGCUAAUAAAUAUGUAGAAAAGGUGCAACAAGUAAAAGAGUCCAAUUCAUUGGCUUAAGCAGUUCACUCUCCUCCUACGUAUGGCUGGCAGGCGUGCCGGUCCCACACUAUCUCAGCUGGGCUUCACUAGGAAGUGCACGCACGCACGCACACAUCGUCAGGUAGGCAGCC